CACAAAUAACCUCCAUAUAGAAUGUUUAAACAGUCGUUAAGAUCGCUGAUCGAAUGUAUUGAUCGAGUUUUGAGAUUUUAAAAUACCUGAACAUGGAUAUUUUUGAAAUGAAAGUAGGCUGACAUUUUUAUGUAAUACUGUUGUGAUUAUGGGGGUUUGUGGAUCGACAGCGCAAACGGGGACGGGGGACGGUCCCAUUGACAAAAGAGACGAUGUGGAUGGACCUGUAAGUAAAUUAAAUGACCGCAAAGAAGAUAAAGAGAAAGAAAAUGUGGACAAAAAUUCAAAUCAAACCAAUCAGCAUGUCAGUGUUAAGAAUACCGGAAAUACGAGUGACACGUCGGGUAACGAUGAGAGGGAUGUGGGACUUGUGCCAGUCGGAUAUUUCAACCAAAAUUCCUUCACUGGUCUAGACAUAAUAGAUCUUGAUGAUAAUGAGGAAUACCUCCAGGCAAUACAAAAGGCCUAUCAGAGACCAUCACCUCGGUUGACAAGACUAGAUCUACUGGCAGAUGUUUACAAGAUGGAUUUUCCACGUCGAGGUAAAGCUAUAGUUAUCAAUAACGAAAAAUUCAAAGACAGUCCACAAAGAAAAGGCACUUGGAUCGACUACAGUAAAAUUUGUAAUCGACUUCAAAGACUUGGUUUUCAAGUUGAAGGUCAUAAUGACGUCACGUGUAAUCAGAUUAUGGCUGCGUUUGUUAAUACCGCGAAUGAAGACCACAGCGAUGCUGAUUGUUUCGUUGGUGUUUUUCUCAGUCAUGGAGAGAGUAAUGAGAUUCAUGGAAUUGACGGAGUAAUGAAACUUUCUACAAUAUUUGAAUUAUUUCAUGCCAGUAGAUGCAAAGGUCUGGCGGGAAAACCAAAGUUGUUUUUCAUACAGUCGUGUAGGGGUGAAGCUUUCGAUGAUGGUGUGCAUUUAAAUGUGGCGGAUGCGCAGGGAUAUGUGCAACAGGAACCGGAAGUUGAACUUACAAUUCCAGACGAAGCCGAUUUUUUGAUCUCUUAUUCCACAGUAGAUGGCUAUUAUUCAUGGCGUAACGCUAAGAAUGGCUCGUGGUAUAUACAAGCUCUCGUGAGAGUUCUGGAUGAAUGUGGGACUUUAUUAGAGAUACAGAAACUUUUGACAAGGGUACAUAAACUCGUAGCUAAUGAGUUUGAAUCUAAAGAACGCAGUCGGAAACGCCGAAAACAAAUCCCAUCAUUUAUAUCAAGACUUACAAAAGAUCUAUAUUUCAAUCCCAAGUGAUAACUUUCCCAUUAUCUAUACUUUAAUCCAUUCCAUAUAGAUCUAUAUGAACAACUGAUUUUGUUUUUUAAAAAAGAGACGAAUAAUAAGGUAAUAUACGUGUGUGUAAUUUUAGUGACCAUUUACUGAAGGUUAGGAAUGGCUAUCUGAUUUUUUUUCUUAAUUUCUUUAUUUUUUUCAAGGUGAGUUCAGUCAUUUUGACAAAAUGUUCAGACAGGUAAUAUAUAUAUAUAUAUAUAUAUAUAUAUA